AUGUACAGGAAGUCUGAUAUCGCAUUCCUUCGAGGACGACAAAGCUCGGGGAAGUUUUGCAAGACGCUGGAGACGUUCCUGUUCACCUUUUUGGACGAAGUUCAAGAGUGUCUCGAAGACCAGAUUGUUGUGUUCCAACAAGACAAUGCAUCUAUCCACGCUUCCAAGGAGACGAAGAAGUUUCUUGAAGACUCGGGCGUCUUCCUCAUGGAUGGCCUAGUACUGACUACUUGA